AUGAAUAAAGAUAUCGCUACCAUUGUACAUAAUCAACUUAACACGUUAAUGCAUUCACCAUCCACAAUUUCUCGAUAUUCUAUACUAGAAACACCGACAGACCAAUAUGAGGCAUUCAACAUAUUAACUUCAGCAUGGGGUCGUUCGGGUGAACAUGUUGGUUUUCGCGCCAUGGCAGAUAAUAUAAACCAAUUGGCGUGUCUAUCCUUACCUCGAGAACCGGAUGAUCCUGAACCUAGCAUCACAACUGCUAUUGACCAUAUUGAUAAUCAAGAAUAUGAUGCAAUAGAAAAUGAUC